AUGGGCAUUACGUUCUGCCGAGGGUAUUGGUGGGCCGGCGAGCUCUACGCUGAGACAAUUUUGCUGGUCCCAAGUGUCUUUCCAGGCGUCUGGGUCCGUUGGACUUCUGUCAACAUCAUCUCCUCCGAGAUUGCGCGCACCGAGCUACGUGUUACCGUUCCGCGCUGGACACACCUCUACGCUGCCCCGUUCCUCUCUCUCUACCCCCUGUUCGCAUAUGCGUACUAUGUUAAAUACGAUGAAUGGAUUAUGAGCGAGGAGUGGACAUUCUUAGGGUGCGUACUGCUCGGCGCAGGACACGCUCUGAGCUUUUUGGUGACACGGUGGAAUGCGGGAGCUAAAGCAUGGGUGACAACGCGCAAGGCGCGCUCAUUACAAGACGCGAAUUGUAUCCGUAUAGUGCCCGUGGCCAACCGCGGCCAGGGUGAGAUUGUCCCCAUCGAUAAAGUCGACCCAUCAGAUCCGUCCACCUACACGUUCAGCUACCAGCAAGAUACGUACUCCGUGCAUCAGACCGACCCUAUCACGUUUGGCCUCCUCCCGUACUUGACGUCCACGCGUCCACAACUGUCCACCUUCCGCAAUCCCAAGGGCCUCAAAUCUUCCGAGAUACCGGCGCUUCUGUCGAUGUACGGCAAGAACGAGUUCAACAUCCCCAUCCCGUCCUUUUCGGCCUUGUUCACCGAGCACGCGACUGCCCCGUUCUUCGUGUUCCAGGUGUUCUGCGUAGCCCUGUGGUGUCUGGACGAGUACUGGUACUACAGCUUGUUCACGCUGUUCAUGCUUGUUGUGUUUGAAUGCACGGUCGUGUGGCAGCGAGUGAAAACGUUGACGGAGUUUAGGACCAUGUCGGUACAACCAUUCCCAAUCAAUGUACGGCGUAACUCCAAGUGGUCGAUACUUCAAUCAGACGAACUUCUUCCCGGAGAUGUGGUGUCGGUCGCACGGGCACAUCAGGCAGAGACGAACAUCCCGGCGGAUAUACUUCUCGUACACGGUAGUUGCAUCGUCAACGAAGCGAUGCUGUCUGGAGAAUCGACGCCUUUGUUGAAAGAGUCGAUUGAGUUGCUUGAGGGUGCAGAGAAGCUGGACGCUGAUGGUCAACACAAGAAUGAAGUUUUGUUCAGCGGCACGAAGCUUCUGCAGGCCACGGACGCUGGAACCACUCCCGAUGGCGGUUGUCUUGGAAUUGUUCUGCGCACUGGGUUCGGUACGGCGCAGGGGCAAUUGGUUAGGACGAUGGUGUUCUCGACAGAACGAGUAUCUGCGAACAACAUGGAGUCUUUCCUCUUCAUCGGCUUCCUUCUCAUCUUCGCCAUUGCUGCUAGUUGGUAUGUCUGGGUCAAAGGUAUCGAGAGGGACUUGAAAAAGUCGAAACUUCUACUCGAUUGUGUACUGAUCGUAACGAGCGUGGUGCCUCCCGAGUUGCCAAUGGAGUUGUCUCUCGCCGUCAACGCCUCACUCGUCGCGCUGUCGAAGUAUGCGAUAUUCUGUACCGAGCCAUUCCGUAUUCCUUAUGCGGGUCGCGUGGACGUAUGCUGCUUUGACAAAACGGGGACUAUCACUGCUGAAAACUUGGUGUUGGAGGGUAUUGCCGGUGUUGACCAGACUGAUGGCUUGAAGCUCGUCAAUGUCAAAGAAAGCAGCCGCACGACGACGCUUUGUCUUGCCGGUGCACAUGCGCUAGUCCGUCUGGACGACGGGACAAUCGUCGGCGACCCUAUGGAAAAAACGACCCUGGAGGCUCUUGAAUGGCAAAUCUCUAGGGGCGAUACCGUGACUCCGUCUUCGGCAGCUGCGCCGCACCGCACGUCGCUCAAUAUUCGCCGAAGGUUCCAGUUCUCUUCUGCCUUGAAACGCAUGUCGACGGUGUCUACGCUCUCUGGCGGCCGUGGCUUGGUCGCGGUCAAAGGCGCUCCUGAAACCAUUAGAACCAUGUUGGCGACGGUUCCAGAGAAAUAUGACGAGACAUAUAAAUGGUUUACUCGACGGGGCAGCCGCGUCCUCGCGCUUGGCAUGAAGGAAAUCGACUCUAUCUCGAAUGACAAGAUCAACAAGUUGACUCGUGAUGAAGUUGAGAGCCGAUUGGUGUUUGCUGGGUUCCUUGUAUUCCACUGCCCUCUGAAGCCGGAUGCUGUGGAGGCACUCAAGAUGCUCGCAGACUCUUCCCACCGUUGUAUCAUGAUCACUGGCGACAAUCCCCUGACGGCUGUCCAUGUCGCUCGUGAUGUCGAAAUCGUCGAUAGAGAAGCCCUCAUUUUGGACCUGAAGGAGAAUCCGGCACACGAAGCUGAUUUGACAUGGCGUAACGUGGACGAGACCAAAAUAAUUCCAGUCGACCCGUCAGAGCCCCUUGAUCAAGAUCUUCUCGACAACUACGACAUCUGCAUCACCGGCGCUGCCCUGAAGCAGUAUGAGUCUCGCCCGAGCUGGCUGACUUUGGUUCAACAUACUUGGGUUUACGCCCGUGUCUCUCCGUCGCAAAAAGAAUUUAUUCUCACAUCCCUUCGUGGUCUGGGCUACACGACGCUUAUGGCUGGCGAUGGAACCAAUGACGUUGGCGCUCUGAAGCAGGCCCAUGUUGGCGUUGCUUUGCUCGAUGGCACGCCUGAGGAUUUGAUGAAGAUUGCAGAACGGGAGCGGUUGGAGCGGGUCAAAAAGGUUUACGAAAGUCAACUCAAGAUCUCGGCGAGGUUUAACCAACCGCCUCCUCCCGUCCCCCCCGUCAUCGCUCAUAUGUACCCCGAAGUCGUUGAGGCUCAAAAGAAAGCUGCAGCGGAACAGGCAGAUGCGAGGAAGAAAAACCCCAUGGAGAAGUUCAAUAUGGCCGCAAUCACCGAUAAAAUGGCUGAUUUAGAGGGAGAAGAUGAGGUGCCCAAGAUCAAGCUUGGAGAUGCCUCUUGCGCCGCGCCGUUCACCUCAAAGUUAUCUAACGUGUCUGCAAUCACGCAUAUCAUUCGGCAGGGUCGCUGCACGCUCGUCGCCACCAUCCAAAUGUACAAAAUUCUUGCACUCAAUUGCCUCAUCACGGCCUACAGCCUCAGCGUCCAAUAUCUUGAUGGUAUCAAAUUUGGCGAUUACCAGGUGACGAUCACCGGCAUGAUGAUGUCUGUGUGUUUCUUGUGCAUCUCACGGGCCAAGCCGGUGGAGAAACUCUCCAGGGAAAGACCUUUGAGCAACAUCUUCAACUUUUACGUUCUGUUGUCUGUGUUGCUCCAAUUUGCGCUCCAUAUCGGAACGAUGGUAUACAUCACGGAUUUAGCACAUGCUUUGGAAGAACGGGGUCCCAUUGAUCUAGAAGCCAAGUUCGAAGCUAACUUGCUGAACACCGCUGUUUUCCUGUUGGGUCUUUCUCAGCAGGUCUCUACUUUUGCCAUCAAUUACCAGGGACGCCCCUUCCGAGAAGGCAUCAGAGAGAACCCGGCACUCUACUGGGGCCUUGUUGGUGCCAGCGCCGUUGCAUUUUCGGGCGCGACGGACUUCAUGCCUGAGAUCAAUCGCUGGCUCCAAAUUGUCGAGAUGGCAAACUCGUUUAAAGUCCAAUUGACGGGCAUGAUGAUCCUCGACUUCGCUGGAUGCUGGGUCAUUGAGAAGGUUUGCAAGUAUUUCUUUGCCGAGCUCGAACCUAAAGGAAUGAUAACACGGGGACGCGAACGGAGAGAGAAACGGCGACUGGAGGAAGAGAAGACCAAACAGGCUGCUACAGAGACUGCAUCCGUGCAGGCUGUGGAUCGAAAGACUCAGUAGAUGUCAUUUGGAUGUCACUUACCGAUUGAAUAUUGUGCAUACAUUACUUGCAUGGACCAGGAUAAAUAUAUAGAUUAGUUCACUUC